UGCUCUGGGAAAAAUAGAUGUUUUACGGAGGGAAAUUAAAGUGCGAGCCCGGACCACACAGUAGCAACGGCCAGCCGAGGGAUGUUACCCGCGAGCGUGCAAGCUUCCUCAUCUGCAAAAUAGGAUCGUACAUGUCUCUAUUGCCAACUGAAUUUUUCUGUUUGGUCUGAUUUUCAAAAGAACAAGGAAGGAAAAAGGGCAGUGAAAAAGAGAGCAGAAGACCAGGGGGCACCGGGAAAAGAAAGGAAAGGAAGAAACAGGGUAAAAAUAAGACGAGCCAAAGAAAGGAUAGAGGAACCGUCAGCACUCACCCCACAGAGUAUAAAGGCAGAAAGGAUAGAGGAACCGUCAGCACUCACCCCACAGAGUAUAAAGGCAGAAAGGAAAAGACAAGGUGAAGAGAUGAAGCCACUAAAGAAACAGAGGGGGCGCUCUCCCCCCUCCACACGGGCCAAAGGGGGGAAGAAGAGAGGGGCGACAGAGACCCCCCCAGAGAGGGACAACGGGAACAAACUCAGGAAGGAGAACCAAGGCAGACAGCCUCAAACCACGCCCCCCGCCCACUUGCCACGGAAACAAUCCACAACCUCCUCUGAAAGCUCUCAGCAGGAGCCAAUCAGAGGCAGCGAGACCCCAAAGAAGGAGGGGCCUAGAGAGCAGGUGCUGCAAAGGCAACCUGAAGAUAAAGAGAAGACCGAGGACAGCAGAGGGGGGGUUGGGGGGAAAUUAGGGGGGCCUAACAGCACCCCCACCUCCUCCCAUAACAACACCCUCACCAUCCCCACCCCCACUACCAGUCCCAGCCCUACCUCCAUGUCCAGUAGGAAAACAGCCACCUUCAAGGCCAGAAUCCCCAAGAAGAAGUACAUCGCUGAACACUAUGCUGGUAGCAACGCCCCCGGCCUCACCUUCACCCCUGCCCCCAUGCACAACAGCCACAGUAACUACAGUAGUACUAGCAGUAGUAUUAACAUCAUCAACAGCCGUAGUACUAACAGUAAUAACAGUAGUAAUACCAUUAGUAACAGUAGUAGGACUAACACUACUAUUAAUGGUAUUAACAGCAUUAGUAACAGCAUUAGUAACAGCCGUAGUAGCAGCUCAGUCAGCCUCUCGUUAGCCCCCAGUGUGUCCAAUGAGGAGAGGAAGGUAGCCGCUAGCAGCCACAGCCAUGGCCCGGGGGAACAGGGGAUGACAGGGGCCUCCAUAGAGCCCAACAAUGGCAGUGUGGCCCCACAGGACAGAGAGAGAGACCCCCAGGGUGGGGAGACAGAGGCAGAGGGGGCCCCUAACUCAGUACGCUCCGUUUCGACGGAUACAGCCAGCGAGCACGAUCUGGAGGUGAACUCCCAGCCCAGUACCAGCCCUGCUAGAGCCCCCUACCAUGGCAGCCUGCCCCCUUACUCUGCUACUACCUCCCAGGCCUGCCCCAACCAGAGCCACAGAAAGGGCAGUCUGUCCGGGGCGGAUGCCCUGGCCAAAGGCCUGAAGAACCAGAGAGUUCUAGCCCGCUGUCGAUGGAGAGACAGACUUAACGGAGAGCAAGGUGGGAGGGAGAGAGAGAGGGAUGGACCCCUGUCUCCUAUGUUCAGGGCUGGGGUGGUGCGGCGGGUGAGUGGGGGCAGCGCUGAUAUCCAGCUGCAGGGGGAGGAGGGGAUACUCUGUUACCCCUUUCAGGGGGGGACCGAACACCCGGAGGGGGAGGAGACGAGCGUGGAGUUCAUCCUGGACGCCCCCCCACCCGGCACGGCGUCCGUGGCCAUCGGGACACGCGUAUGUGUGCCUUUCGGAGGGGGGCGAGAUGGGGGUGAACAGGGGACACCUCAGCUAUACAGAGAAGGGGUGCUGUCCCAGGUAGACCCCCACCCUGCCGUGUCGUUCCCCUACAGGGUGCUACUGUGGGGAGCGAGGUUGGUGCACAGCUUCUCUCCAGCUGGGGUGGUGGGGGGGCAUCACUAUGGAAACAUCCCCCCCCACCCCUCCUCGUUGGUAACGACCAGCGUUGUCAACAUCACUGGAGAGGGUUACCCUGACAGAGAGAUAGAACAAGAGAGACAGAAACAGCCCCAAACACCAGAGGAGGACAUGGAGAUGUCUAGGUUCAGUAUGGACACCCAGCAUCGCCACAUCCUCUCCAAGCCCCUCCUCGGGGGGCAUAGCUACCCCUCCUCCCAACACCUGGUCCAGGGCCUGGGCACGCCACUGGGCUCUCACCUGUCCUCCCUCACCUUGCCUGGCCCUGAGGCCCUGGGCAUGACCCCCACACCACACCUACCCCCUUCCAAGAGCACCCUGGUCCCCAUGGACAAGACCCCCACCCAGAUCCCCACCCCUACCCCUAGAGGGGAGUCUACCUCCUCCUCAGCCUCCUCCUCGCGCUCCCGCACCCCCCUGUCGGCCGCCCUGCAGAAGUACAAGAAGGGAGACGUGGUGUGCACCCCUAACGGUAUCCGCAAGAAGUUCAACGGCAAGCAGUGGAGACGCCUCUGUUCCAGAGAGGGCUGUAUGAAGGAGUCCCAGAGACGAGGCUACUGCUCACGCCACCUCUCCAUGAGAACUAAAGAGAUGGAGGGAGCGGGAGGAGGGGGAGAGAGGGACAAGGGGAGAGGAGGAGGGGGGAGCAGUUCAGGGACGGUCACCCCCUCUGACCUGCGUGGGUUUGACUGGGAUGAGACGUCCAGAGACAGCAGCGAGGCCAGCAGUAGAGGAGACUCUCGCCCUCGGCUGGUGCUGCCCUCCCUCCUACCCCAUGACUUCUCCAGGUUUGACUUUGACGAGUGUGAGGCAGCCACCAUGCUGGUGUCUCUGGGCAGCUCUCACUCUGGGACCCCCUCCUUCUCCCCCACCUCCAACCAGUCCCCUUUCUCCCCCGCCCCCUCGCCCUCACCCUCCCCCCUCUUCGGAUUCCGUCCCGCCAACUUCUCCCCCAUCACCGCCUCCUCCGUCCUCCCCCCUCCUCGUAGACACAGACACCCCAGUGCCACAGGGGGCAAGCUGAGCACCCCUGGGGGGGCAGAGAGGGAGAGGCAUACCUCAGGGGUCCAGCCGUCCUUCCACACUAACCUGACCUUCACUGUCCCCAUGAGUCCCAGCAAACGCAAAACAGACGUUCACCCUCCUCCCUCCUCCCACCCCCACCACGACUACCCCCCCAAACCUGAGCUGGAGCAGGGGGACCUGCACCCUGCCUCGUUCCCCAUCCUCUCCCCCCAGACCCCAGCACACACCCACGCUUACACACCCACCUUCUCCUGUCCCCGAGGGGUGAGCACACCAACCAGCCGGCCCCCCUCCUCCUCCACCACCUCCCCCCCUCCCCUCCUGGUGUCCCCAACUCCCCCCUCCCCUCCAGACUCAGGCCCCCGCCGUUUCCACCCCACAUCCCAGCAGGCCUUGCGGGACUCUCCAGUGAUCGUGCGGAACCCGGAGGUUCCUCUGGCCAAGUUCACAGAGCGUCCGUUAGGCCGUGGGGGGGGGGGAGUAGGUGAUCCUAAGAGUCUUAACAGCGUUACUCCCCAGCCUGUCUCCACUCUCCAAGUCCCUGUACCCAUCAACGCUGCUGCUGCCGCGGCAACCAACGGCACCGUCCUCCUCCAGAGCCCCACCCCCACCCUAGUGCUGGUGUCAUCCGCUCCGCCCUUCCUGACCUCCAUCACCCCCGGUUACCCAGCUUUGGCUUGCAUCUCCAUCUCCACCACGCCCCCCUCUUCGGGACCCCCCCUCACCAACCCAGCCGGCCCAGGGGAAGGGGGGGGUAGGACCGAGAGGACAGGCUCGUUUGGGGGGGAGGUUCAGCAGCCAGUGGCCUGUCACCCCUCUCCUACAGCCCUGCUGCCCCUCAUACUGCCUGCAGAGAACCUGCACCCCACACCAUGCAAAGAGAUCAUCAUGGGACGCCCUGGGACAGUCUGGACUAACGUGGAACCCCGGUCAGUUCCUGUGUUUCCCUGGCAUUCAUUGGUCCCUUUCCUGGCACCAACCCAGUCAGAUGCCUCUACUCAGUCUGGUGAGGGCCAACAACCAAUCAAUCACCCCCAAGCUGCCAGUCUGAAAACGGAGUCUCAGGGGGGUGCAGUGCUGCUACAGGAGGCCAACGAGGGCCCCCCCUCCCUAGAGAGAGGACCCACAACACGGCUGACUCCCUCCACGGACGACCUGGCCCUGGAGAGGGAGGCCGAAAGAGAGAGGCCAGACAGUGAGACUGAGAGUGAUGUGGAUGACCCGUUCUUCCCCAGUGUUCUUCCUGAGCCCUUGUCUGUGACUCCUGUGAAGAGACGCACUCAGUCCCUCAGCGCCCUGCCUAAAGACGGGGACAAGAUCAGCCCUGGCAAGAGGGAGAAGGACCACAUCAGGCGGCCGAUGAACGCGUUCAUGAUCUUCAGUAAGCGUCAUCGAGCGCUGGUGCACCAGAGGCACCCCAACCAGGACAACCGCACGGUUAGCAAGAUCCUGGGCGAGUGGUGGUACGCCCUGGGGCCCAAAGAGAAGCAGAAGUAUCAUGACCUCGCCUUCCAGGUGAAGGAGGCCCACUUUAAGGCCCACCCAGACUGGAAGUGGUGCAACAAAGACAGGAAGAAGUCUAGUUCUGAUGGCCGAGGGCUCCUGGGGCCGGGGGGCAAAGACAUUAGAGAAAGGAGCAUGUCUGAGACCACCGCUCUCUCUUUCCUCUCGCUAUGCACCACUGUCUCUCUCCCCCUUACUUUCUCUCUCCCAGAGCCCCAUGGUGUGGAGCUGAAAGGGGUGGGGCCUGGCCUGCUGGGUGUGUCUGAGCGGAAUCCAGGGGAGGGGCAUGUAGGUCAGCUACCCCGCCCCCGAGCCUUCUCCCAGAGUGCCAUGCACAGCCUGGAGAGGAGUGAGAAGGGCAACACACAGGCCCUGGCCGAACUGUCACAGAUGUGUGGGGAUGGUGGUGGCCAGUUUUCGGGGCGCACCCAGACCCUGUCCCGGUCUCAGAGGGGGGUCAGUGAGGACAUGACCAGUGAUGAGGAACGCAUGGUCAUCUGUGAAGAGGAGGGAGAUGAUGAUGUCAUCGAGGACCCGUACCCUGCCAGCUCCAUAGACCUGAAGUGUAAGGAGAGAGUGACGGACAGCGACAGUGACAACGCCUCUGGGAACGAGAGCGAUCGCAAGCUCUCUUUCCUCUCUCCCCUCUUUCCUCUCUUUCCUCUCCUCUCCUCUCUUUCCUCUCCUCUCUUUCCUCUCUCUCACAGGAUCACCUAUGUCCAGUCCACGCCAGGAGUCCCCUCUCCUCUGCCUCUGGUCUCCUCAACAACAGGCUCCUCCCCUCAGCAGGCCCAGCCCACCCCUGAAUCUGCAUAUGUUCCAUCACCCCUAGCAACGCUGGGCUUUACAGCCAUAGCCCCCCCUGGACAGAACCUAGUCCAACCCCUCAUCACAGGUCAGCCUCCCCUUCAGGCCCCAGUCCAGUCCCCUACCUGCCCCUCCCUCCCUUCUGGCCCAGCCUCUGCUUCAGGGGGACAGAUAAUCACCGCCAUCUACCCCCCUACCAGCGUCACCAUGGCAACCGGGGUGGUCUCCAUGUCAGCCGUGCCACCCAACAUGGUGUACACAGUCUCCAGCUCCUCCAGUCUGUCCACUCACAUCCUGCCCAAACACACAUUCGCCCCCACCACACACACUCACAUCCAACUCCAGUCGGACAGACAAACAGACAGGCAAGCGGGGGAGAGACCCACGGACAGAACGUCUCACUCUCAGUCAGAGAAAGCGGCAGACAGACAAGCGCAGACGCAGCCUGAGCUACAGGCGUACGGACAGACGGACAGGCCAACCCUCACACAGGCGGACAGACAGACGGAGAGGCAAGCCCAGACCUUCAAUAAGAGCAGCAGCUUAGUGGCGCCGUCAAGUGGCUCCUCAUUGUCACUGCGGCCUUGCAGCCCCCCCCUGCCCUCUCACACUUCCACAGGCAGUGCACCAGGCACCCCUAAACUCCCCCAGCUCCCGGUGAGGACCCCUCAGAAAAUCAAAGCCACUGUUGCCAACAUCCCGGUGGGCAGCUACGAGGGAGGAGGCCGAGGAAAGGAGAGGGAGAAGAACCGAGAGAGGGAAAGAGAGAAAGAAAGAGAGAGCACUGGAGCAAACAGUCGUUUUUCCUUUGAGCUGGAGCGUCCUGGGGAGUCGGCGUCCCCCUCCCAACACACACACACUGCUGAGGAGCCCCCCUCUGACAGACCCCCUGAGGGACACGGCCCUGGGGACAACACUGACACACGCAGCACAGAGGCCAGCAACAAGGAGUCCGGGUGGAAGGACUCCGUCCCCUCCUCACCCCUGCCCCCUCCCUUGGGUACAGACCCUGCCCUGCCACCUCCCCAGAGCGACAAAGACGCCCCUCCUCCCAAAAAGGUGAAGGCCCGCCCCCCGCCACUCAAAAGGACCUUUGACUCUGUGGACAAGGUGUUGUCGGGGGUGUAUUUUGAGGAGCGUUUUGCUCAGCUACCAGAGUUCAGGCCAGAGGAAGUGCUGCCCUCCCCCACCCUGCAGAGCCUGGCCACCUCCCCCCGCGCCAUACUGGGCAGCUACCGCCGCAAGAGGAAGAACUCCACAGACCUGGACUCGUCAACAGAGGACCCCGUGUCUCCUAAGAGGAAGAGCAGAAGGCGCUCCAGCUGCAGCUCGGAGCCCAGCACACCCAAGAGCGCCGCCAAGUGUGAGGGAGAUGUCUUCACCUUCGACCGACCAGCCCCCCCGUCUGUGUGUCCCCCUCCAGGGUCCGGGACAGGGACAGGUGCUGACGGAGAGGACAUCCUGGGGGAGCUGGAGUUUGACAAGGUGCCCUACUCCUCUCUGAGACGCACCCUGGACCAGAGACGAGCCCUCGUCAUGCAGCUCUUCCAGGAGCAUGGCUUCUUCCCCUCAGCCCAGGCCACGGCAGCCUUCCAGGCACGCUACUCAGACAUCUUCCCCACCAAGGUGUGUCUGCAGCUGAAGAUCAGGGAGGUCCGACAGAAGAUCAUGCAGACUGCCGUCCCCUCUGAGACCAACGAGGCCUCCUCGCUCCCCGGACCGUCUGGCACCCAAUCAGGGGAAGGGACAGGAGGAGGGGCGGAGCCAUUGGGAGAGGAGGCGGAUCAAGAGAGGGAGGGUAGUCCAGAGGAGCUGAGGGAUUCGCAGGAGUCUUCUAGAUGAAGGAUGCCGACAGGCUGGAUUGACCAAUCAGCGAUGGACCAGUUCCCCAAAUCCCGCCUCUUCUUAAUUUUGUUGAAGCUACACCCCUCUGCCUCUCGGUGUAUCUGGACCUCUCUCUCUGUCUCUCGCUCUCGCUCUCGCUCUCGCCAGGCCAGAAAGAGCAAGUGGAAGAGACAAAGAAAGAGGAUGUGUGUCUGCAAAAUGUGUCAAGAGGUGAAAUUGUUUAAAACUUAAAAGGGGAUUUGAAAAAAAAAGUGUAAUUCCCCCUCCCCCCCAAAAAAUUACAUUUAAAAUGACAGACAGACAGCUAGCUGAUGAACCCAAACUCCAAUACCCACACUUGAAUUAGCACUUUGUUACUAGUAUUAAUAUUAUCCUUGUAAGCUUCCAUUGAUGCCAGUGGACUAUAGACUAUACAAUAACAACUCUCCAGCUGUUACCCAUUGCCUUGGAGCAGGGCCCAUCUUUCAGACUGAAUAACAUAUCACGUAGUGGGACUGUUUGAAGGUCAUUUAUCUGACUCUAACAGGACUCACUUUGUUGUUUUUAAAAAUGGAGGGCUUGGGAAGCAAGAUCAGUUAAUUGGCUGGAGAAGAGGGUCUGGCUCUUAAGUCUCCCAUUGGCUCAUUUGUUUCUGCUGGACAUUAGGGGGCUGGGUCCCCACUGGCUUGAGAUGAUGCCUUUGGAUGGAGAGCCCGCACUACCCUGGAGGGAUCAGAAGGAUCCUUGUUUUAUUGUUAGAUUUUUCUCUACUUUGAAUCAUAAAAGCAUACCUUCAGAACAGGUCUGUGAGGGGGACUGGAGAGAGUUUAGGACCUCGCCCUCACUUCCCAUGAUUGGCUACAGAAGAUGCCAGUAAAGAUGCACCAAGCGUUCCUGCUAGUCUGAUUCGCUCGCCAUGAGGGAAGGAGGCGGGGAGAAUGAGUCAAUGGGCACAUCAUGGCUCUACAUUUCUCACUCGGUCACUGCAACCAUGUUUUAUGUAUUUGUAGACUUUAGUUGAGAACCCAGAGGACGUCAGGCUGACAUGCCUAUUACUUCUAAUGCCAAGCGUGUUUUAUUAUCUAACUUCUUUUUUUAAAGACAACAAACUUGUCUGUUUUUAUCAAACACAUGUAACGUUGCAGUUCAUUAUGUUAUUGUAUUACUGUUACUAAUAUUACUCCUCAUUGUUAUAGUGGACCUCAUCCUUGCUACAGGCUGGUAUCAAUGCCAUUAGAUUGUCUCUCUCAACCUGUUUUCUUAUUUGAGGGGGGAUGGGACGUGUGUGAGAUGGUCCUCACCUGUGUGUGAGAUGGUCCUCACCUGUGUGUGAGAUGGUCCUCACCUGUGUGUGAGAUGGUCUUCACCUGUGUGUGAGAUGGUCUUCACCUGUGUGUGAGAUGGUCCUCACCUGUGUGAGAGAUGGUCCUCACCUGUGCCUCUUUCCCUCUCUUUGUCUUCCCUUUCAACACCCUCACUUCGCCCCAGCAAGGACCUGGGGUGACAAAUAUUUUUAUUCAUUUCAAUGAGGGAUAACAAAGAAGAGGGUUGACAUUUGUAUUCAUUUAAGUGUAAUAAGUAUGUUUUUGGACAACCCUGUAUACCGCUCUCUCUCACUCCCCUGCUUGUAAGUUUGAUUCUAUAGCUUCCUCCUUCCUCCCUCUUUUCCUUCCGUUCAUCCUCCCUUACUGUUCUCUCCAGGCUAUUUUUGGGGUGGGAGGAGAUAAGCCUGGAGGGGGCAGGGCAGUAUAAAGAGUGGUAGGGUAUAAUAUUGGUUGUCUUUUUGUGCAAGACUUGGUUGUGUUGUACAUAUUAUUUACUGUAGAGUCAGGAGACUCGCUAUAAUAUUGAUAAGGAAAAAUGUGCAACUGACUUGUAUUGACUUUUAAAAGACGCCAUUACACAAGGUGAAACUCCAAAAAUGUACAAAUGAAUAAUAAAUAUGAAUAUUAACA